UUAACCCACAAGUUAUAUAAGAAGAAAAAAGGAAAAUUCGAUUCGCACCAAAGAAAAGAAUAAAGGAAGGAAAAAAAAAAAAAAGCAACCAUCGUCUCUGUGUUCUGAAACUGCAAGAGAGGCGACAUGGGUGGCGGUAUAACCAUUCCUCCUGAUAACACAACGGGGGAAGAAGACUCCUCCCUGGACCAGGAUUCUACCCAACUAUCGUCUCCACUUCUCAGCAGAAGUGAAUUGAGCAUGGGGGCUGAGGAGGGUGCAGUGGAUAAACAAAGUCAGAGUGGUUCGGUGUUUGGAGACUAUGGCAGACUGCGUGAUUUGGACGCCAAUGAGAGGAUGAGGGAAAAUGUUUAUAGGAAAAUUAUGCAGAGUGGUGAGUUAUUGGGGAUUCGAGGCAAAUCGAAAGAGGCUAAGGACAAAAUACUGAGCUACACCCCUGGGGCAUGGAUUGAGACUGCAGGUGCCAUGAAAAGGAGGGACUAUGAUGUGCCAAAGACGACUACUUUAUUGUUGGUUGGUCCAAAAGGAUCUGGAAAGAGUAGUCUUAUUAACAGAAUAUCAAAGGUGCUUGAAGAUGACAAGUUUGCAUCAGAAAGAGCACAAGUCUCAUUCAAUUCAUCUAUUGGAGAUGGAACCCUUUUCCUCCAGGAAUGUAUGAUACCAAGAGGUUCAUCUUCGUUUUGCAUCUAUGAUACUCGUAGUCUGUCUGACGAUUCAGCUGAAAACAUAAAAAUGCUGAAGCAUUGGAUGGAAAAUGGUGUUCGUCAUGGGGAGCUUGCUAUUAGGGAUUCAGACAGUCAAAGUUUGAGGACUGCGAUGAUGUGCAAAGCUCAUGACAAUGAUCAUCUUUCCAGUGCGAUCAGGAAGGUUAACUUUGUCAUAUUUGCUGUUAAUGGCCUUUCAGUUCUGAAAGCACUGGAAAGUGAGGAAGAUGCAGAGACUCAAUACACUCGAAUGAUUGCUUCCAUGUUCAACUGCCCAUACUUGGCAUUUAAAGAUGAUAAACCUGCUGUUGUUGUCACUCAUGGUGAUCUACUUUCACAUGACGAACGUGCUCGUGUUCGUGUCCAUUUGGGAGAACUAUUGGGUAUUCCACCUACAACCCAAAUAUUUGACAUCCCAGAAAGCAGUGACCCAGUAACUGUGUCCACAACAAUUGACAUGUUACGCUAUUCGCUUGAGCAUGCUGAUAAAAAUUUUACUCAUAAGAAAAAGGUUGCUGCUAUAUCACUACUACCAUUUAUGCUCCUGUUAAUGCUUCUUGGAACUGCCACCAAUUUAUGGUGUAUGUACCAUCAUGCACAUAUUCAGCAGGGUCCUGCAACCCUACCGGCUAUUCAGCACUGUCAGUGUCCCCAAGCGCAUAUUCAACACUGUCCUUUGCCCCAAGCUCGUAAUCAGCAUGACCGUGGCCCUUUUACCGAAGAACAUAAUCAGAAAGAACCUUUGCCUGAAGAAUACAUGCAGAAAGAACCUUUGCCCGAAGAAUACAUUCAGAAAGAACUACAAGACCCUUUGCCCCAAGCUUUGCCCCAAGACCAGGUUCAGCAGGAUGCUUUGCCCCAAGACCAGGUUCAGCAAGACCACGUUCAGCAAGGCCCUUUGCCCCAAGACCAUGUUCAGCAAGACCCUUUCCCCCAAAUACAUGUUCAGCACUGCACUUCUCCAGAAGGUCAUGUUCAGCACGAUUGUGGCCCUUUGCCCAAAAUUCUUACUCAGCACAGCCCUUCACCCUCUUUGGCCACUUCAACCCCUUCGCCCCUUGCAGCUCCUUCAACCCCUUCGGUCCCUUCUGCUCAUGAGGAUGGCUCCUUGCCCUCUCCUCCCCAAGCACAUGUUGAUCCUGACCCUUCACCCUCUAAUCCCUCAUCCCCGCAAACUCCACUUCAUGGUCCUUUGCCCCGAGUGCAAGCAGAACUUGAGAAAAUUAAAACUAAAGUUGAGAAAUUUAGGACAAAACUUGAUUGGAGUAAAAUCCGUCAUUUGUAUCUAGAUGAAGAUUCGAAGAUGCAUAUAGACUGGACGAAGAUUCGACACUUGUAUCUAGAUGAAGAUUCCAAGUUGCGGAUAGAUUGGAAGAAAAUUCGUCAUUUGUAUCUAGAUGACUGAGACAUCGUUGAUGACUACUUAUAGUCUUUCUAGACAGAGGUUGGGAGUUACAAAGACUGCCUGUAAAUCUUUGUUUUGAUAUCUUACGAUCCACUCUUGACAGAGUAUAACACUCGGUUGAUGCUUUAUGUAUUGUGUGACAUAGUGCUCGUGUUUUUGUGGUUUUGCAUAUUUUAGCUCAGGCAAACUUCCUUGUGGAUGAUGAUGA